CAUAUAACAACCUUAUACAUUGAGCAUGAUGGCUCAUUUUACAAGAUGUGUGUACUUGUGAAAUUCAUAAUGUCAAACAUGUCCCCAAAAGAUCUCUAUGUAUCUCUUACGUCAUCAUAUGAAUGACUUGUUUAUCACAUUAUAUUUGACGUUUAGUGUUGGGCCGUUUUUGUCGCUGAAUGAAAUCAUAAAAAAGGAUGCAUAAAUCAGGUGAACGUUAUUUUUUUUCCUAUUUAUUUAUUUAUUUUUAUUCAAAUGUAUAGAUUAUCCAAACUACCUAUAGAGAUUUUAUAUAUUAUUGCCAGCCAUUUGAGCAUACAAGACUUGAUUAAUGUAGCAAGACUUAAUAUAUGGUAUGGAUAUCGACUGUCAUCUGUUUUAAGUGAACGAAUUAAAGAGUUGGUAGAAAAGGAUGGUUGGAGAAUACAUAUUGACGUCUUGGCUACUUUUCAUGCAUCUUCGAAUAGCGGUAUACCCUCCUUCCCAUACUCAACAGAGCUGCUACUACUAGGCGAAUUCAGUAGAGUGAAUCCAGUGACGCUCACACUCGAAUUUCUCAUGUGUCCACUGGACGAUAUCGGUUUUGGCGCAGUAAAAGAUGCUCCAGUGAGCGACCGAUCACUGGUGAUGUACGAAAAGAUCAGGGCAACCAUCAACAUUGUUGCCUACUUUGCACAAAUUUCGUCCAAUCAACGUCUUCAGCAUGUCAAUCAAGCAGGAGGCACACUGCUCAGCGAUCGUAUGUUGUGGGAAAAACUAAAGGGCACUAAACAGAUGAGAGGAGCCGCCCAGAUGAGUGCUGGAUUCAAAGUAAACUAUGAACUAUUGGUUGAACCCAAGACAGAGAUGCUGGCAGUCAUUGAGAAGCAUGUCAAGAACCACAGGACGAUCUUGGAUCGACCUGCUCUUCUAUCGUUUCAUACAAUGUACGUCACUCCCGAAUGGUGGAUCAGACAGAUGGAGACACCCUUCUUUAGCCCAAGCGAGCAACAACAAGACUGUCUUGUCCACGGGCUUUGGUAAAGUUAUUUUUAUUGCCAAGUAAUAGAAUCCACAUGGUUGUGAAAGAAAUUCAAUAUUUCCUGUUGUACUUUAAUAAUUCGCUCGUGAUCCUUGGACGUUGUAUUAUCUAAUAAAGACCACUCCAGUGUUGUUUCCUGAAAGAUCUCGGAUACCGAGACAGGGUAAAAUCCAAACUUGGAUUCAAACAGUUGAAUGCUUGGCUCGUUCUUUAGUGAAAUCUUGGCAUGAAAUGUCUUUACUCCUAGUUCUUCCAUGGCUAUUAUAUGUUUAAUACAGAG